CCACACCCCCAGCACAACACUCAACUCACACACACGCUCACCCACACCCACACCUGUGAGGAGGCCUCUCCCGUCCCCUCCCCCGCCCCGCCGCAGUCCUGAGGAGCCGCCGCGGCCGGUGGGGAGGAGAGCGAGGCCUGUGUGGGAGCCGGGGCCUCGGGGACUGGAGAGGGGCCCGGCGGCCCGGCCCUAGCCCUCGCCGCCGCCGCCGCCGCCGCCUCCGCCGCCGCCGCCGCUGCCAUGGCCCAGCAGCAGAUGACCAGCUCGCAGAAAGCCCUGAUGCUGGAGCUCAAAUCCCUGCAGGAGGAGCCGGUGGAGGGCUUCCGGAUCACCCUGGUGGACGAGUCCGACCUCUACAACUGGGAGGUGGCCAUCUUCGGGCCCCCCAACACGCUCUACGAGGGCGGCUACUUCAAGGCUCAUAUUAAAUUUCCUAUUGACUAUCCAUAUUCACCACCUACCUUCAGAUUCCUGACGAAAAUGUGGCACCCUAACAUUUAUGAAAAUGGAGAUGUGUGCAUUUCUAUUCUUCAUCCUCCUGUAGAUGACCCACAGAGUGGAGAACUGCCUUCUGAGAGGUGGAACCCUACUCAAAAUGUCAGGACUAUCUUGUUGAGUGUAAUCUCACUGCUUAAUGAGCCCAACACUUUCUCUCCAGCCAACGUGGAUGCUUCAGUUAUGUUCAGGAAAUGGAGGGACAGUAAAGGAAAAGAUAAAGAAUAUGCUGAAAUCAUUAGGAAACAAGUUUUGGCUACUAAAGCUGAAGCAGAAAAGGAUGGCGUGAAGGUCCCCACUACACUGGCUGAAUAUUGCAUCAAAACUAAAGUGCCUUCCAAUGACAACAGUUCGGAUUUACUUUAUGACGACUUGUACGACGAUGACAUUGAUGAUGAAGACGAGGAGGAAGAAGAUGCCGACUGUUAUGAUGAUGAUGAUUCUGGGAAUGAGGAGUCGUGACCUGCUCCCUCUGUGCCCCCUGUACUGCCCAGCCAUCUCAGGCCAAAGGGAGCAGCGGUAAACUCAGCAGUCCAGUGGCAAAAACCAUACACAGGGGGUGGGGAAAACAAAUGUGUCUACUGCUGUCUCCUGUUGUGUGGAUCUCAGUUUGCUCCUUUUUAUGGACCUCUCAUUGGAGAGGAAGUAACCCUCCACAGAAUGUCUGAAUUCUUGCAUUCUUUAUCCUUCCAUCACUGUAUUACGAUUCCUUUUUUAAAACAAAACCUGAAACUCCCAUCUCACUUCAUCUCUACAAAGUGUUCACAGAGAAACACGUUUGGUCUGUGUUUAGAUUCUUGAAGAAUUAAAUACAGUCUCUCAUCAAGACGUUUAAUGUAUUUAAAGCUGGGAACCCACCAGAAGUUGGGUCUUUGGGAGUUCACAAGUGCUGCAUAUACUGGGUAGCAAAUGAAAAACCGGAAAACAAAACAAAAACCAACCCCACAAAACCUUUUAAAAAAAAAAAAAGAAGCAAAUUUGCCAAGGUUCUAGCUGCUCCAUGUAUGACAUUAGUGUGUGCACAUUGCAUUUAACCUUGUGGUGGUGAAUUUUGGUUUCUCUUUUUUUUAAGGUGUGAGGCAGAUGGUAUAAGCAACUGUGUGGUGAGCUUGAGGAAAUGUGUUACUGAAAGGCACAGUACUACUUUUCAGCCUCUCUGAAACAAUCUUAAUAUUGAGACCUCAGCUAUACUGGGGUGGAGAGAAAAAUCAGAUUUUUAAAAAAUUGAUUGGGAUCUAAUGCCUGAAUAAAUAUUCAUACUUUACAUAGAACUGAGCACUUGGUUGCUAUUUAUUUUUUAAGGCAGGGGUUUUUUUGUGGGAUUUUUUUUGGUGAGAAGGAAGGGUUAAAAAAGUCACUAUGCCAUUUGUGAAGAUGCUGCUGGGGGGAGAAGAACUCCUGGUGAUAGCCACCACCAGGAGGGGAAAUAGUUUUCAGUGGAUUUAAAACAAGUCCUUCCCCACAGGGAACAAUCUUAUGCUACCUGGUGGGUCUGUGUUUGGGUCUUUUAAAGUAGCCGGUGUUAUUCAGCCAGUAUUAGUCCCAGGAGCAUGUCCAGUGUUCUGGUUUUGGUAUUUUCAUUAAGCUACUACACCCUAUAGUGAUAAAUGUGGAUGUGAGUGAGUAGUGACCUGUUAACUGCUUUCUUCAUUGAAUGUAACCUGAACUGAUAAAUUUUCUUCUUGUUAAAUCUACUUUGUCCUAGUAAAAGUCCUGCACUGAUGGUGGCCUGGCUAGAUAGCUCCAGAGGCAGAAUUAAGAAUAGCAUGCCCUAAGGGAGAGGGUGACCCUGGGAGGGAAGACCUUACUUAGCUACAGGCAGUAGAUGAGCCAUGUGGAGUCUGUGUCUGACUUGAAACACCACCUACAGUAGAGUUCCCUUCUCUCUCUUAGGGAAAUUUGGGGAAGGUGGGGGAAUUCCCUUGAUAAACUUUUCUGGAAAUCACUGCUUUUAAUUUUUCCAGGCCUAACUUGUGUCUCGAUUAAAUCAACAGGUGGGGUCCUGGCAGCCUUUGACAACUAGGGAUUUCAGAAUUUGAGCAUUUCUGUCAGGGUAAAGGUUCAUAUUUUCCUUCCAUGGAAGGGGAGAGCAGUGAAGAGAGACCCCUAGAAUAUUAAAGGUUUCACAGGAAGAGAAUAAAGGGAGCACUGACCAGAGUCCUAUCUUGGAUGCGUUUGCUUCAUUAGUUCUUUUACUUGGCACUACCUUUUUGGAAUGUUCUUCAGUAAGAAAAUCCUAGCUGCAUCCCAGGGAUCAUGUAGUAGCUAGGGAUUAAGAGUUAAUAAUGCACUCUUACUUAACUUCCCUUCCUUUCUGAUCUCAGGGUUUUCAUUAGCUCUUCAAUUUCUUGCUUUUUUUGCCUAGCCCUGGGCUAAUCAUCUUUGGUCCUAAAACCAGCAAGGAGCUGGUUCUGUUUCCUGGGGGAGUGGGGUGGGGACAGGUUCUUUUUAAACAGAAAUUGAGGAGAAUUUGCUGGGCCCUGCACCAGCACUUGCUGCUAGCCACCUCUCAUUAAACAUCCUUAUAACACCUGGGCUUUUAACUCCCUUGUUAUUGACUUAAGGAUGACUUCAGGGGCCCUUAAUUUAUCUUAACCUGUCCCUGUGACAUCCUCCAGUGCCCAGCAGCUGAGAGUCAAAAGUUAGUUGCCCAGUUUUGUUAUUUCUAAUAGAUCCCUAGGGGUUUCAUAUCCCUUGCUGCUGAGAAAUCUACAAGCCAGUCUUGGCUCCUUUUUAUUUUAGAGUUGCUGCUGAGCCCUGGCUGAGGCUGUGUCCAUCUUCCUAAGAUCCAUCAGCCUCUGUUGCAUGUUGACUCAGGGAGCCAAAGAUGGAAGGUAGAGAAUGUAGGUGGAGCUUCUGGCUUAGCCUUUUGCUGUGUUACUUAUUGAGUGUGUGGCUAUUCCUAUUAGAUAGUAAUCUAAUAAGAUUGUGUUCAAGAAACAUCUGGGGUGUAAUAGCUUUUAAAAAACUGUAGACAUUCAUAAGACAGUCUUGACUCUGUGAACCUAGUGUAUACAUCCCAGGGACUCUGAGAAUACGUCUAACUAACGUAACUGGCCUUGGUGGCAGCCUGUGCUAUCUGUGGGGAAGUGGCCAAGUGUGGUUCAUGUUUCCUAUUUCCCUUUUAUGGAGGUUAAGGGGAGGUGAUUCAAGGGCCAGAGGUUCAGGCCAGAUCAUUGUUACAGUAACUGUGCCAAUGACUUGGUUUGAAAUGAGGAUGCUGCAUCUUUCAGGAUCUGCUUCCCUUUGUACUAUGAGAGACCUUACUAUGGUGAUCUCCAGUGACGCAUAUAUUCAGGCUUGGUGGUAGAAGAUGCAUUAUCAUGAUUCUUUUGUUGGUUCCCCUGCCCCUCUGCUUUAUUUUAAAAACAUUUCCAGUUUUUACCCCCAUUUGACUAAUCAUUUCUUCUUUGUUACACCCAAGUGUCAUUUACUUGUUUACUUGCUGGUUUCUGUUGUUUUGGAGACACACAAGCAAAGUAAGACUAUGAAAGUAUCUAAGUAAUUGAGGGGAAAAAGUUUACCUUAACUAUAACAUUAUUGCUUUUCUUACCCCACCCUCCUUCCCAUCCUGAUGAACAAGGUUUACAUUUAUUAUUAAAACAAGAUUCAGAUGCAACUUUCAACUGUUCUGAAACCAGCAGGAUGCACUAGACUUCUUAGUAAUUUUCAUAGCUAAAAUUCUAGAUGUUUUCCUUUUUUCUUCAGUAUUAUAAUUUACCAGAAAGGAUUAACUGAUGCAUUUUGUGUUGUCCUCCCCCUUAGUAGUUUAUUUUUGUCUUUUCUGCACAUCUGUCUACUAAUAAAAUGUGAAAUAAAAUAUAAUACCUGUAUUGUUA